GGAUCUUUUUUCCACCUCCAGCCCAUGUGGACUGAGCAGCCAAGGCUUGACAGAGGGACUGAUGGUCUCAGACACUUCAGGAACUCAACACUGCUCUGCACAGCAUCAUGAUCUUCACCUUGUAGCAUUCCAGAGAGCUCAUUCAUUCCUGCUGGAGUGUGAACUGCAAAAGGAGGCACUUUUCCAGGGCAGUCAACAUAUCUUGAACGUCUUCAAAAAUAGGUUGGGACCAUUGCAAGUCUCAUUAUACAACAUGCUGAGAUUCAGUCUCUUACCCACCUUCUCAAUGGGAUUUCAUCUGUUAGCUAUUGUAGCUCUCUUGUUUUUCCAUGUGGACCAUGUAAGUGCUGAGACAGAAAUGGAAGGAGAAGGAAAUGAAACUGGUGAAUGUACCGGCUCAUAUUACUGUAAGAAAGGAGUGAUCUUGCCCAUCUGGGAACCCCAAGACCCUUCUUUUGGGGACAAGAUUGCUAGAGCUACUGUAUACUUUGUGGCCAUGGUCUACAUGUUUCUCGGCGUCUCAAUCAUAGCUGACAGGUUCAUGUCCUCCAUAGAAGUCAUCACAUCUCAAGAAAAAGAAAUAACCAUAAAGAAACCCAAUGGAGAAACCACCAAGACAACUGUGAGGAUCUGGAAUGAGACGGUUUCUAACUUGACCUUGAUGGCCCUGGGAUCCUCUGCUCCUGAGAUUCUCCUUUCGGUAAUCGAGGUGUGUGGCCAUAACUUCACUGCAGGAGACCUAGGUCCUAGCACCAUUGUGGGCAGUGCUGCCUUCAAUAUGUUUAUCAUUAUUGCACUUUGUGUUUACGUGGUCCCUGAUGGAGAGACAAGGAAGAUUAAGCAUCUGCGUGUAUUCUUUGUGACGGCAGCUUGGAGCAUCUUUGCCUAUACUUGGCUCUACAUCAUUUUGUCUGUCAUCUCUCCUGGUGUUGUGGAGGUUUGGGAAGGUUUGCUUACUUUCUUCUUUUUUCCCAUCUGUGUGGUGUUUGCUUGGGUGGCAGAUAGGAGGCUUCUGUUUUACAAGUAUGUCUACAAGAGGUAUCGGGCUGGAAAGCAGAGAGGAAUGAUUAUUGAACAUGAAGGAGACCGGCCAUCUUCCAAGACUGAAAUUGAAAUGGACGGCAAGGUGGUCAAUUCCCAUGUUGACAAUUUCCUAGACGGCGCUCUGGUUCUGGAUGUCGAUGAGAGGGACCAGGAUGACGAAGAGGCUAGGCGUGAAAUGGCCAGGAUUCUGAAGGAACUGAAGCAGAAGCAUCCAGAGAAAGAAAUAGAGCAAUUAAUAGAAUUAGCUAACUACCAAGUCCUAAGCCAGCAGCAAAAAAGUCGAGCAUUCUACCGCAUUCAAGCUACACGCCUGAUGACUGGGGCUGGCAACAUUUUAAAGAGGCAUGCAGCUGACCAAGCUAGGAAGGCUGUCAGCAUGCAUGAGGUCAACACGGAAAUGGCUGAAAAUGACCCGGUCAGUAAGAUCUUCUUUGAACAAGGGACAUAUCAGUGUCUGGAGAACUGCGGUACUGUGGCCCUGACCAUUAUCCGUAGAGGGGGUGAUUUGACCAACACUGUGUUUGUUGACUUCAGAACAGAGGAUGGCACAGCCAAUGCUGGGUCUGAUUAUGAAUUUACUGAAGGGACUGUGGUCUUUAAGCCUGGGGAGACCCAGAAGGAAAUUCGAGUUGGCAUCAUCGAUGAUGAUAUCUUUGAGGAGGAUGAAAAUUUCCUUGUGCACCUCAGCAAUGUCAAAGUAUCUUCAGAAACGUCUGAAGAUGGCAUAUUGGAAGCCAAUCAUAUCUCUACACUUGCCUGCCUGGGGUCUCCUUGCACCGCCACCGUGACUAUUUUUGAUGAUGACCACGCAGGCAUCUUUACUUUUGAGGAAUCUGUGACUCAUGUGAGUGAAAGCAUUGGGAUCAUGGAAGUGAAAGUAUUGAGAACAUCUGGAGCCCGAGGAAAUGUUAUUGUUCCCUAUAAAACCAUUGAAGGAACUGCCAGAGGUGGAGGGGAGGACUUUGAGGACACUUGCGGAGAGCUGGAAUUCCAGAACGAUGAAAUUGUCAAAACAAUAUCAGUCAAGGUAAUUGAUGAUGAGGAAUAUGAGAAAAACAAGACCUUCUUCCUUGAGAUUGGAGAGCCCCGCCUGGUGGAGAUGAGUGAGAAGAAAGCCCUGUUAUUGAAUGAGCUUGGUGGCUUCACAAUAACAGGAAAAUAUCUGUAUGGCCAGCCUGUCUUGAGGAAAGUCCAUGCUAGAGACCAUCCUGUUCCCUCUACUGUAAUCACCAUUGCAGAGGAAUACGAUGACAAACAGCCACUGACCAGCAAAGAGGAAGAGGAGAGGCGCAUUGCAGAAAUGGGGCGCCCCAUCUUGGGAGAACACACCAAGUUGGAAGUGAUCAUUGAAGAAUCCUAUGAGUUCAAGAGUACUGUGGACAAACUCAUUAAGAAGACAAACCUGGCCCUUGUGGUUGGGACAAACAGCUGGAGAGAGCAGUUCAUUGAAGCUAUCACUGUCAGUGCUGGGGAAGAUGACGACGAUGAUGAAUGUGGGGAGGAGAAGCUGCCCUCCUGUUUCGAUUAUGUGAUGCACUUUCUGACUGUAUUCUGGAAGGUCCUCUUUGCCUUCGUCCCUCCUACAGAAUACUGGAAUGGCUGGGCUUGUUUCAUUGUCUCCAUCCUCAUGAUUGGCCUACUGACAGCCUUCAUUGGAGACCUGGCUUCCCACUUUGGAUGCACCAUUGGCCUGAAAGAUUCCGUGACUGCAGUUGUGUUCGUCGCACUUGGAACUUCAGUGCCAGACACCUUUGCCAGCAAAGUGGCUGCCACCCAGGACCAGUACGCAGAUGCCUCCAUAGGUAACGUCACUGGCAGCAACGCGGUGAACGUGUUCCUGGGAAUAGGAGUGGCUUGGUCCAUCGCCGCCAUCUACCAUGCGGCCAACGGGGAACAGUUCAAAGUGUCCCCUGGCACGCUAGCUUUCUCGGUCACUCUCUUCACCAUUUUUGCUUUCAUCAAUGUGGGGGUGCUGCUGUAUCGGCGGAGGCCAGAAAUCGGAGGUGAGCUGGGUGGGCCCCGGACUGCCAAGCUCCUCACAUCCUGCCUCUUUGUGCUCCUGUGGCUCUUGUACAUUUUCUUCUCCUCCCUGGAGGCCUACUGCCACAUAAAAGGCUUCUAAAGGAACAAGCAGAUAUAGCAAAUUUAUAUAUAUAUACAUAUAUAUACAUAAAAAUUAUGUAUAAUGAACAGCGGAAACUGACAUUUGUCAUGUUCACUUACCUGCUGAUGGAAUCCAGCUUCAAGAGCAUACUCUGUACUAGGGCCGAAGUGAGAAACCAUCACCUCCCAUUCCCGGGGCAUCUUCAUGUUGAACAAGACAUGGCAGCAGGGUCAUCACUGCAGCUCAGCCUAGCAGGGCUGUACUCUCCAGGUUCAUAAAUUGCUAAGGCUUUGAUAUGUUUUCUUGUUUUUGAUGUUGUUUUCAGUGCGGAUGGGGAGGUGGUUAAUAUCUGGCUUUUGUUUGAUUUUCUUGGGAAGAUCAAGGUUUUGCUUCUCUUUAUAAGAAGUGAUGACCCAUCCAAAUGUCACUGGGGUUUUGAUUUAAAAAAAAAAAAAGGCAUUAAUAUAUCCCUCACCUCCCCCAUACACUUUAAAAGUUAAUUUGGAUUAAGAAAGGAUCUGGGCAAGGAAGAAGAAAGAAGCAUAUGUUUGCUGUGUUUCUAAAUUCUAUGCUUAUCUUCAGAAUGUAAGCAGAGGUGAAACUGCCUCAAAGAAGCAGCAUGGGAGCCGAAAUGGAGCCAGGAACACUGAUGGGUCUAGAAAUAGUCUGAUAUUUAAGAAUAUUAUGCCUGGCACUCUUGUUCAACAGGUACAGGCUUAACGUGCCUAGAUUCCCAAGAACCUGCAAAAUCAUGUUUUUCUUAUCUCAUUAGCUCUGGACUGUGACUCUCAAGGCCCUUAUUCCAGCCCAGCAACCCCCUGUAGGUGUCCCAUCCCACCCCUCCUCCUCCUGCUCACUUGCCCCUAACAUGCAAACAGUUAGAAUAACCCAUUCAAAAAGCACAUCUUCUUUUUCCAUUUGCAUCCAUUUUUGUCCCAGUCCCAUGUUGCCUGGGAUUGUCCAUUUUAUUUUCAAAGGCAUCCAUGGCUUGCACACUCCUGUUCCAGUCAUGACUAAACAUUGGCUUUCUUCUUCAUGUGCCUGUUUGGGAAUGUUGUUGUGAUACCUGUUACACCGUGCAUGGAUGAAAAACAAAUAAAUCAAAGCGUAUCUGUAUAUAAUAGAGUAUAGCAUAUACUGUUCUCUCCCAUUCAGCAAUGUUGAUUGGACAUUGAAGACAUAAGUGAGUUUUCUUUCACCUCAGUUGUUACUUUUGUGUUGUUAUUGAGUUUGAUGAUUAGUAGAGAUACAAGGAGAAAAUGGCUUAUUGUUCAUGAAUCUGCACAUUCAUUUCUAAGAAGCAAUAACUGUCACAUGAGAAGUUAAAGUUAUUGAGAGGGUAGCUGGCAAACUGUAAGGAUCUUCAUAGAAAAGCAGCCAUGUGGGACAUAUCAAAGGCCUCUAAGAAUCACCUAUGAAUUCAGGAAGGCCAAAGAAAAAGGCGUGGUAGAGAAGUGGAUGUGUUAGAUGUGCCUGGGCUGUCAGAACCACCGUUUCCACACACCCCCCCCACCCCGCCUCCAAGUAUUUAUUACAUAUCUGCUCUGUCUGGCACAGAUAGUAGAUACUACCAGUUUGUUCAGCUUAUUUUUUUUUUAAUGUAAAAGGCUAUUUUGAGCCCUUUUUCCUUCAUCAUCCCAUCAAGACUCUUCUAUCAGUGGUUAGCCAUGUUGAAUACAAAAAAAGUUAGGGUUUCCAGUGGGUCUUUUCUCCUCUAGUUAGGACUCCAGAGGGGGCAAUUCAGUGAGAUCAGCACCUCCCAGGAGCAUAGGAAUGGCUACAUCUCAAAAUCCCAAAGAGCAUGGAUAAACCCACCUUUCGAAGUAGUAACACCUCCCCCAGACUCCUCUGUUUCUAAGGAAUCCCAUGCUGGACACAUCCCUCUCCUUCUGAGUUGAUUCAUAUUUAAGAAAUAAACCCUGCUGAAAUAUAUUUCCUUUCUUCCAUUCAGGAAUCUUGAUCAUUCGUCAUUUGAAAAAAAACACCUGGUUACUGAAUGAGUAAUUAAAUCCUGGUUACCCAUUCAAGAUGCCAGGCAGUAUGUUGCCUCCUGGGGACUGAGUCAUGAACAAGCUGGCCCAGAUUCCUGCCCUCAGGGGGAUGACAAUUAAUGUGAUUGCUCUUUCCUUUCAUAAAAGUUAAGGCAGCCAUGUGUAGACAGUCAUUUUGCUAGGAAAAAACUACAAUUAUGUAACUCUGAACAUAAAACACCUUGAAACCAUACAAAUACAGUUGUCCAAAUAUUCAAGAUUUUGUUUACCUAACAGAGUAGAAAACAUGGGUUUGGAAAAUCACCUUUAUCCUUGCACAUAUCUGCAUCUUAAACCCAAAAGGGCAGUCUUUUCAGAGACCCAGAUGGUGGGAAAGACCAAGUCAAUCCCAGUUUUUAAUCUUUGUGACAGUAGUACUUUACAACCCACACCUCAUCUCUCUUGGGGAUCCCACCUCUAACCUGCUGUAGCCCAACAACCGAGUGCCCUAACUCCUGUGGGGAACAUUCUAAUCCAUCCUUUUGUGGUUUUGUUCUAGAUGUUUGCUAAAUGGAAAGCUAGCCUAGAAACACCAAGUAAGUUGUUUAAACAUUAGAGUUUGCACUCAUUUUUAGCCAUGUUUGGAAUGUCAUCAACCCCAUAGCAAAUUUUCAGAGAGGACUUAAAAAAAAAAAUUCUUGCUAUUGGUCAAUUUCAACUUCAAAGCUUUUUUGUUCUUUUGCUUUUCAAAUUUUCAUGCUAUACAGAAAACAUGAUUCUGGUUAUUCAGGGUUAUCAUUAACGAUAAUAGUUGUGUAAAACUAUUUCAUUUUGUUUAUUUUGUGUGUAUUGUGCACAGCUUUAGGGGGAAACUACACUACUUCUGCUAUUCCUUAUAAAUGGUACACAUUGACACAGACAAAUAAAGUUUCUAAUUGUUUGAUUUCAUCGUUAGUGCUAUAGCAUAUUGUGUAUGGAAUGUUUUCUCUCUUCUCAUUGUCAUCUGUGUCAUUUUUGUUUUCAUGUUUUGAAGAAAUAAAGACCAAAAAGGUA